GGCCGGGCCGGGCGUCUCCACAUCCCCGCCCACAUGGGCCCCUCAGGUGUCCCCGAGAUUAGCCCCUUGGCUCCCGGUCCCCGCUCUCCCACCUGGACCGCCCUUGUCACCCCAGUUUCCUUACUUUCUGCGCCUCCUCGGCUCUCCUGCCCUGUUUUCUCUCCCGAGACUCUGGUCUCCCCGCCCUCUCCCACUCCCAUCCCGGCUCCUGACUCCCUUGGCGUGUAGCUGCCCCCACACCCUGCCCUCGGGGCACCUCCGGGGACCCACCCCGUCUUUGUGGGGCCUUUUCUUCCACCUGCUGGGUGGCCUUUAUUGCCGCGGGUUGCACCCCUUCCUAAUCACCCCAGACCUUUUGCCCUCCCCGUCUCCACCGAAGUUGCCCUGCCCGUUCUUCCCCCCAUUCUUUCCUCUCGGACGAGUGCCCUCUGCCCCCCAGGCGCUUGCUUCCCCGUAGGCCUGAUAAAGACGGCGUGCCCUGUGCCCGGAGCGGCUCGCGUUUUGUGGAUCCUAAUGGCAGCUUGUAUCAUCAUCAUCCACUUGACAGCAGGGAGAUGAAACGGACUUGGGGUUCGGGUUAUUCCUGGUGGGGGACGAGGCAGGACCACACCCGGCACGGCUGCCCCGGGGUCGCGGCCCGCGGUCGUGCAGAUGUGUGUUCUUUUUCCCGGCUGACAGGUCUGUGAGAUGGCUGCUGACAUUGCCGAAUCCGGGGGCCAUGACUGCAAAGGAGACUCCAGGAGCAACACCAAGUUAGAUGCCGACUACCCGCUCCGGGUCCUUUACUGCGGAGGCAAGUGCGCGGCGUUUGUUGUUAUUUUUGUUGUUGUUGUGUUUUUUGCUUACUGUGUUUGUAUGCCUUGUGAUCAUCGUCUCACGUUUGGUUCCCGUCCUCCUUCUUCAAUCGGUCUUCGUCGUGGGGUGAAUCCUUCAUUUGAGACGGGGAAUUCGUUUUUACAUCUAGAAAAUUCACCCAAACAAGAAGCUGGAAUUAGUGAGGGUCAAGGACCAGCAGGAGAAGAGGAAGAAAAGAAAAAACAAAAGAGAGGUGGAAGGGGUCAAAUAAAACAAAAAAAGAAGACCGUACCACAAAAGGUUACGAUAGCCAAAAUUCCCAGAGCAAAGAAGAAAUACGUAACAAGAGUGUGUGGCCUUGCAACUUUUGAAAUUGAUCUUAAAGAAGCACAAAGAUUUUUUGCUCAAAAAUUCUCCUGUGGUGCCUCAGUGACAGGGGAGGAUGAGAUCAUCAUUCAGGGAGACUUUACAGACGACAUCAUUGAUGUCAUUCAGGAAAAAUGGCCAGAGGUGGAUGAUGAUAGUAUUGAAGAUCUUGGAGAAGUGAAGAAGUGAUUUUGAGAAUUUGUCUGUAUUUAAUGGUCUGAACUGAGAGUUGGCCAAAGGGGGAGAGGCCUUUUGAAAAGAAAAUAUUUAUCCUACAGUAAAACUGUGGACUACCCUCGCCCUUGGCAUUUUCACUGUUCUGUACAAGGCUGCUUGUGUUUUGUUUUGUUUUUUUUUAUUGCCAAAGUCCUAUAAACAGGGGAGACUGUCAUGCUUAUGCAUGAAAUAGAAUUUAGUCAAAUAAAAAUUUUUGGUCAUUUGGUCCUGA